AAUCUAAAACGUCUUCCUAUGCGUCGUUUCGUUGACGUCUUGUCAUAGCAUGAAAGCUACGCUAAAAUGCGCUGUCCUGGUUUCUCCAUCUGGCAAACUUUAGUCUGUCGCAUUGCGUCUCAUCUCUCUGUAUUUACGUUGUGCUCUUACUUUGCCUCGGUUUCAUCUCGCAACUCCAAUUAGUUUCUUGCCUCUGCACAGCUCAGGAAUUUUCUGGGAAAAUGGUUCAAAUUAUGGAAUUGUGUGGGAUUUGUUUGUGAAGUCGAAUUGUAAUGCCCGUGUCGUUAGAAGAGUAUCAGAUAGCUCAGGCGUACAUGGUCAUGAAGAUGCAGCAGCAAAAUUCAAAUGGUGAUGAAGGCGUUGAAGUCUUGGAGAACAGGCCUUUUGAAAAUGAUCUAUAUGGAAGAGGUCAAUUCACAUCUAAAGUUUAUCAGUUACAAAGCAAAGCACCUGCUUGGCUUACAACUUUUGCACCAACAGAUGCUCUUGUCAUGCAAGAAGAAGCCUGGAAUGCAUACCCAAGAUGUAAAACAGUUAUCAAGUGUCCAUAUUUUACCAAGUUCAGUCUCACCAUUGAAACCAUUCAUAAAUCUGAUAGUGGGCAAUCAGAAAAUGUGCAUAACUUAAGUGAGGAACAACUGGCUGCCAGACAAGUAGAAGUUCUUGACAUAGCUUCAACUGCAAGGGAUUAUUGGAGUUAUGCUAUUGGAAGUAAUAGUACAGACUUCUCUACAUUUAAAUCAAAGAGAACCGGACGUGGUCCACUUUUGGAGGGCUGGCAGGAUAGGUGCAAUCCUGUUAUGACAGCAUAUAAAUUGGUGACUAUAGAUGCACCAUACUGGGGAUUUGGUUAUCGACUUGAACAAGCUUUGUUGGCGGGUGAAAGGGCCCUUUUUCUAGAAAGUCAUCGGAAUUGUUUUGGCUGGAUCGAUGAAUGGUUUGGCAUGACAAUGCCACAAAUACGUCAACUUGAAAGACAAAGUGAUUCCUCAUUAAAUCAGAGAAUUGGCAAAACGACUUCGAAAACAACUCCAGAAGAUUUUGAGCAAAGAUUUUCCUGUGAUGAAGAAAUUUAUAGCAAGAGCCAAGAGAUCACUGACACCAGAGGACUGUAAAUCAUUUUUCAGCGGAAAAUUCUGUGAUCCCUGUUGUGGUUCCGGGUAUAACCAACUCAGCAAGAAUUUCUUGGACGCAUGGCAUAUUAGACAGCACUUGAACACAAACUCCAACUCCCAAAAUAAAUGACUAAUUAUUCUUCUUGACUUGACCAAUUUGUGCAACUUUAUGUGCACAAUUUGGCGUUAUGUUGUGCAGCUCUGCAUGACCAUUUCUUAAUCUGAUUCUUUAUUUGCAUUA